CCACCUGCAGCUGCCCCUGCACCACGCAGCCAGCACAAUUUUGGGCUGCCAGCGGCAGGAUCCGACCCGGGAAGCUCGCUGCGGACACGCAAGCCCUCCAGCAAUCCUAAAUACCUAUUUCCUACAGUCCUGGGACAAACUGGGAGCUGCCAAAAAUCUCCAGCCCCCACGGACGUGACCAUCACAGCACCAGGAGCAAAGCAACCGCAACGUGAUUACGGUGCAGGUCGGGGUGGACAUUUGGAAGUGGUUCCAGUUGGGGGGAGAACGUGAUGAUGGCAUCAGGGAAGAGGAAUGCGGAUCUUGAAGAAUGGGACGCAAAAAUCAGGAAGCUAACAGAAGACUUUGAAGAGAGUGACACAGAGCUCGAGGAAUGUGACACAGAAGAUGGGGAACUCGCGGCCGAGAUCGAGAGACUGACUGCAGAGCUCGAGGAACGUGAUAGGAAAAUCAGGAAGCUUACGUCAGACCUCGGGGACGUUGACACAAAGCUCAAGGAACGCGAUAGGAAAAUCACCAAACUCUCAGCAGAAAUACGCAGACUGACUGCGCUGCUGGGGGACCGUGACUCAAAGCUCCGAAAGCUCACGGCGGAACUCGCAAAGUGUGAUGCCACCAUCAGGCUAUUUACAGUGGAGCUUGGAGAACGCCACACCAAAAUAGGGGAGCUCACUGCAGAAGUUGGGGACUAUGAUAGGAAACUUCGGAAACACGCAGCAGAACUCGAGGAACGUGAUCUGAAAAUCAGGGAACACAAAGCAGAGAUAAGGCACCUCACUGAGCUGCUUGAGAAUCGUGAUUCUGAAGUCCGAGAGCAGGACAUCCUCAUUAGGAAACUGUCAGAAGAGCUCGAGGAAUUAAAGGGUCGGGAAGCUGAGGAGAGUGACCUGGAGAGAGAUGAACUCACUGAAGAACUUGAUGAAGUCACCGAGGAGCUGGGGGAACGUGAUAAAAAAAUAGGUGAACUCACUGCAGAGCUGGAAUGGAAGAUAGAAGGUCUAUCUCCAGAUGAUGAACACAGAAAGAAGAGGGGAUGUUUAGGAAUGACAUUUUUCCUUUCUUUUCUCUUUUUCCCUUUUUUAGAGGAACGCAAUGCCAAAAUUGGUGAACUCUCUGCAGAAGUUGAAAAACGAGAGAGAAGAAUUGAUGAACUCACUGCAGAGCUUGAGCACUACAAGGCAAAAGCAAGAAAAUGUUUUGAGGAGCAUAGGAGAGGCGAAGAAAAGUUGGUAAAGGUGACGCUGGACCCGGAGACGGCCCAUCCUCGCCUCGUCCUGUCCGAGGACCAGAAGAGCGUCCGAUGGGAGUACACCCUGCAGGAAUCCCCCGACGGCCCCGAGCGCUUCGACGCUGAUCCCUGCGUGCUGGGCUGCGAAGCGUUCACCUCCGGGAGGCACUGCUGGGUGGUGGAUCUCGCAGAAGGGCAGUACUGCGCCGUCGGGGUCAGCAGAGAGUCCCUGCCGAGGAAACGAGCCGUCAGCUUUAAUCCUGAUGAAGGGAUCUGGGCUGUGCAGCAAUGGGGGUUCAAGAACCGAGCCCUCACCUCCCCUCCAACCCCACUGAACCUUCCCCGGGUUCCCAAAAAGAUCCGCAUCUCUCUGGACUACGACUGGGGCGAGGUGGCGUUUUUUGAUGCGGAGAACCAAGUCCCCAUCUUCACUUUUCCUCCGGCCUUCUUCGGUGGGGAGCGGCUCCGGCCGUGGUUCUGGGUGGAGCUGGGCUCCCUCUCGCUCCCCCGAUAAUCCCGGAAUUUCUGGAGGUGCCUUACAGCAGCUCUUCAAGACCAGGCUGAAAAAACUCUCAGGAAAAGCAGCAUCAAAACCUCGUUCUCCCCCCUUCCCAAUCAACCAUCAUCACACAAAAGAAAGGACACCCAUCCUCAACAUCCUCCAUGUGUCAUGUAUGGUGCCCCCCAUUGACCUGUGGGUGGCUCCUGUUGAUGUCUGGUGCCCCCCAUUGACGUGAGGUGGUCCCCAUUGACAUAUAGGGUGGCUCCUGUUGAUGUCUGGUGCCCACCACUGGCAUAUGGUGGCCCCCGUUGACCUAUGGGGUGGCUCCUGCUGAUGCCUGGUGACCCCCAUUGACAUAUGGGGUGACUCCUGUUGAUGUCUGGUGCCCACCAUUGGCAUAUGGUGUUCCCCAUUGACCUAUGGGGUGACUCCUGUUGAUGUCUGGUGCCCCCCAUUGAUGUAUGGCCCCUCCCCUGGAUCCAGUGCCUCCUGAUUGCAGUUCCAACCUCUAGGGACAUUAAACGACCCACAGAGAGGAUGGGUUCCUCUUUGGGCUGGUGGUAAGAGGUGGGCACCAGGGUAAGUCGUCACCUACAUCGCCACCAGUGUUUUGUCUCAGCAACUGACCAUCUCUCCAUCAGCUGUUGAAGGAGAAAUCUGUGCUCAGAAGAGAUGAAAUUGGGCUCAAGUCUGGCUGGGGAAGAUGAUCCGAUUCCAACCAGAGUCUGGGAGACUUUGGGGAAUCUGUGAGUCCUAUGGGAGAAUGGAUAACCCUUCAUCCAAGAGCAAGCUGGCAUGAUGCUCUGGGGUGAAAACCCAUAAGGCCACGUGGUUUUAAGGUUUGAGGUGGCUCACACCACGUAGCUCUGCUUCCAGCGAGGCACUGGGAGCCCUAAACCCACGGAGAGGUCAAACCAGUACUUGAGAUCAAUGUGGGGCCAGCUGUGAUGGGAGGUAGGCAACUAUGGACAUCGCUGAAGCCGCCCCGAGCUAUGGGGAACUUUGGUUUUCGCCUUUCACUGCACUUUAAUAGGAUUUCCCGUCAAUGUCUGCUUGUUCUUAGCCAUCUGUUUUAAAAAUAAUAAUUAAAUCUUGUCUUCUGCCCCACUGUGGGGUGAGCAGCUGGUGGUUCCCAGCUCACAAUAAACCACUUGAGACGCUCC